CGGGUUUCACUGAGAUAGAUUUCCGGGUGGAAUACCUCAAUGUCAAAGAGAUGGCCGAGGGCGGGAGCUCUGCACAACCAGAUCAAGUAUUCACUUCAGCGGACCGGAUCCGCCAGCUAAACGAGGUCGACAAGGAUGUUGCAAAACUGAUUCACUCCGCCGGUCUCGCGAUCCAAGCCCUCACAAACGCCAGAACGGGCGACUCCCCCGAGGACACUUCCCUCGAGUCGCAUAAAACGCGGUUUAAAGAGGCUACGUCGCAGUACUUCGCGCUCCUUUCCUCCAUCGAUGUCAGGUUACGUCGCCAGGUCUACGCCCUGGAGGAAGCUGCUAUCUUAGCACCGGAGUCGGCCUCGAGGACUGGUGAUCUACCUGGUGCUGGCGGAGGAGGGGCAACGGUUGUUUCGAACCCGUUGGACGUCAGCUGGCUGAAUAGCAGGAAGGACACUGUAGGGAAGGAUAAGGAAGCUGAGCUAUGGGCAGCAGCGAGGCAGUUUGUGGAACAACUUGGCGAUUCCUCAGCUGCGAGGGUGAAGACGGAAGGAGGACAUAAGAUGGAGGUCGAUUGAGAGGCCCUAAAUAUUACGAGGCGCCCACUACUCAGCAUAUCUCAGCGCGCUGGAGUUUUCAGGUCUACAAGCCAAGCUACAUCUUAUUGGGGCAACUAGGAGUGCUAUAUGAUACCCACACAUUGAAUUGAAGAAGUUAUC